GGAGUUAGGUUCAAAUUGCGUCGGGAAGUGGCCGAGAUUAGAGCCAGUGCGGGCCGUUCCGCGCCGCGUUCGUAAGCCCACUUAAGACUGUUUUUAAUACUAGUAUUUUUUACGCGAUCCCGCAAGGAUUUAGCGGAUUCCCGUCGCGGAUCGUGCGCUUUGAUUUAUCGGUAUCGGUCUGUUCUUGUGUUUACGUUAGUGGGUGACGGGCGGCCGCGUGGACGCGUAAUCCAGCGGCUUGGACGAGAUUAUGACGGAUAUCAUCGGAUUUCGUGCACGCACACUGUGACCGUCUUCCUAAGGACUUCCGACUAAAUAGCCUAAUACUACAACCUAAACGAACUAACAGCACUAAUAUUACAUUUUUCAAGGUACGCUAAUGCUUUACGCCCAAUAAGCGUAAAACGACAGUCGCUAACGCGGCUCAUUUGCCUAAAGUACGAAGAAAGCAUCACGAUUCAUCUCCGAGUGUACAAAGAGGCGCUGGCGGCCGGUAUGGAGCCGCUAAGCGAGAAUGGUCUGUGCCUAAGUGAACUGGAACUCCACGGAGGAGGGCACUUGCACGAGUCCGUUGCGGCGUCAGUCGGCUCAGCGAUAUCGAGUCUGAUGGCGCCGUUACACCAUGAGCCGCAACACGCACCGUUGCAUCAUGCUCCGCCCUUACACCAUGAGCCGCUAGAGAAAUUAAAGCUAUGGGCAGAAACUGGUGAGUUUCGGGAUAGCGGGCACUCGUCACUGGCCUCUGGUGGCUCGGGCGUUGAUCAGUCCUCUCUAUAUGCACCGCCACGGCCGAGACGCGAUAGGAAACUAACAGACGACAUGUCAUCAUUCCUAGGUCGUCCUCUGACAGAGCCGACUAUCAAGACGGAGUCGACAACGCCUGGCGUGGGCCCCGAUGAGCCUCUAGACGACAAAGGCGACAAGAAAAACAAGAGACAGCGACGGCAGCGCACGCACUUCACCAGUCAGCAGUUACAGGAGCUUGAGGCGACGUUUGCGAGAAACCGCUAUCCUGACAUGUCCACACGCGAGGAGAUCGCAAUGUGGACUAACCUUACAGAAGCACGAGUUAGGGUGUGGUUCAAAAACCGGAGAGCUAAAUGGCGGAAACGCGAAAGAAACGCCAUGAACGCAGCUGCCGCCGCCGCUGCAGAUUUCAAGAAUGGUUUUAGUACGCAGUUUAACGGUCUAAUGCAACCGUUUCCAGAUACGGAUGCGUUGUAUUCGUCUUACCCUUACAAUAACUGGGCGGCGAAAGUACCUAGUCCGCUUGGUACUAAAAGCUUUCCAUGGCCAGUCAAUCCACUGGGCUCUGUCGUCCCUGCGAGCCAUCAUCAAGGUUCUGUAAACUGUUUCAAUACCGCGACGUCAAUGGGCGGAGUUGGCGGAGGUGGCAUGGGUGGCGUAGGCGGUUCUGCCAGUGUCGGUGGCGGAGUAGCGCCAUGUCCGUACACGGCACCACCGAAUCCUUAUAGUAUGUACCGUGCGGAGCCAUGCCCGGCGAUGUCGUCAUCUAUCGCAUCCCUCCGACUGAAGGCGAAGCAACACUCAUCUGGUUUUAGUAGCGGAUACGGCACAGUGUCACCUGUGUCGCGUGCAGGGUCAGCCCCGUUGUCUGCAUGUCAGUACGCGGCGGGCGGGGUGGGCGUGUCGGACCGCGUGCUUUGAGACGAGGCCCGCGGCCGAGACGAGACGCGAUCGCCAGCGCCGUUACUCGCAGCCGCACGCGCUUCCUAGUCGCCGCCGGCGCGGGCGCAUUCCAGCGCCGCGCACGCGCACGGCCUUUACCGCCACCUCUGGGAAUGGUUCGACUAAUGAGUCGACAUCGGGGACUUCGCUCGACCUCAUUACGUGAGAUCCCAUAUGAUAGGUUACGAAACUACGGGCAAUAAAAACUAAACGAUUCGUUCUAGACAUUAUUUUGUAAAUAUGUAGCUAUGUAUGUACGUAUACCAAAGCGAUGUGUGCAAUUUUUACAAGCUUAAAUGUAUGUAGAUUAAUAUAAGAUUUUUUUCAAUUGUGUACCUUGACGGCGUUCGUUGUAAAUAUAUUUAGGUUAUUUAUUUUUACAAAAUUUACUUUAUUUCGAAGCAUUUAAUUGUAGUGUAAAGUUCUGUUAUUUGAAAUUUAUAAUUAUAUAAUAUGUUAAAAUGCAUUUGGUGACAUUCACCUCAAUGAUAGAGAGGUAUUUUCAAAUUAUUUUAAUAAGUAUUAAUUUAUAUUUUAAGACAUCUCCCGAUCGAUGUUACAAUAUUCCACACAAAAUUAAAAAUAAAUCAAUUCAUUUAUGACACUGUAAAUACUUUAUCAGUUGAUUUUUAAAUAUUUUUCAUCAAUUUAAAAAUAUUAAGAUUUUUCUCUUCAAAACGUUUAAACUUUAAAGGUCGAGCCCCGUCGUAAAUAAUGCAAUAUAAAAACGAUGUGAAAAUAAUAAUCAUACAGAAUAAUUAUUUAACUUACAUGUAAAUAUACUUAAUUAAACAAACCAAAGUCUUAGUAAAAAAUACCAUUAUUUUAUAUUUUAAUAUAAAUUGAAAGAACACUAAGGGUGUUUUGAAAAUGUUUAUAAAGGUGAUCUUCCACUGUGGUAAGAAAACAUAUAUAUAUUUUUUUAAGUUUGUUCCUAUAUAAAAGUGUAUGUAGUUUUCUUCAAUGUUAUCAAUGAGAAACAUAAAAGACUGACAUGCACACACUGAAAUGUAAAACAUAUAUGCUGAUAUUGUAAAUAUACUUUUACUUCUUGUAUAGUAUCUUUUUGAUUUCAAACAUACGCUGUAAAUUAAUGACAGUGGAAGAACCUUUUACUGAAGUAUUUAAAAAGAUGCAGACCUUUGAAUGAGAUUAAUGUAACCAAGAUCUCAUUAUUAAUACGAGUACUUAAUAUUUAUUAUCUUCCAAUUAAAUUGUAAAUAUUUGUAUCUAUGUAGCGGUUGAAUUUUAUUGUCAUUAGAACGACAAAGACUAAUUAUUCUUUGAAAUCUAAGCGCAUUUCUAAUAUAAAACAUGUCAUAGUAAUUAAA